AUGCCAGUCCCACAGACCCUUCCCCCCUGCAGAGCUGUUCACGAGCAAACUGCUUGCAGACCACAACUAAAUCCAUCAGGCAGACACCCAGAGGUAAGAGACUGAGGAAAUGCCAGACCACUGCAUAACAAAACUGAAUGUUAAUGUGCCAUCCCUGUUUACAAGAUGAUUGGGAAGCUGACCUGUAGGCUGGGAAGUCGCAUGGCUGCAGUGACAUAUAGCAUCAUCCAGGUGAGAAGAUUUCUGCAUGAUGCUCAUUUCAGGGUUCAGUCUUCCGUGCAGGAAGCUCUGGCCAGUGGGAGACCGAUUGUAGCCUUGGAGAGCGCCAUCAUUACACAUGGCAUACCCUAUCCCCAGAAUUUGAGUAUGGCUAGAAAUGUGGAAGAAAUUGUGAGGACACAUGGAUCUGUGCCAGCAACUGUGGGCAUUUUAAAUGGGAAGAUUCACAUUGGCCUCAAUGACGAGGAACUUCACUUUCUGGCAAAGAGUGAAAAUUUAGUUAAGGUAUCUCGAAGAGAUCUUCCCUACGUUCUCAGCCAGGGCUCAUCUGGUGGUACUACUGUCUCAGGGACCAUGAUUGCAGCCCACAAAGCAGGAAUCCACGUGUUUGUGACAGGAGGGAUAGGAGGGGUCCAUCGUGGAGGAGAGAAAACUAUGGAUGUGAGCACUGACUUGACAGAGCUAGGCCGUACUCCAGUAGCUGUUGUUUCUGCAGGUGUCAAGUCUAUUUUGGAUAUCGGUAGGACGCUGGAAUUUCUGGAAACUCAGGGUGUCUGCGUGGCAGCCUUUGGUGAGUCAAGGGAGUUCCCGGCCUUCUUUUGCCGCCAGAGUGGCUUGCAGGCACCGUACCAGGUGCAGAAUGAGGAGGAGGCUGCCAAGCUCAUUGCCAGCACCUUGGCAUUGGGCCUAAGCAGUGGAGUGCUAAUUGCUGUGCCCUGCCCUAAGGAACAGGCUGCUUCAGGGCAGAUUAUUGAACAUGCCAUCCAACAGGCUCUGAAGGAAGCCAGGUCAAAAGGGAUCAUAGGAAAAGAACUCACUCCCUUUGUGCUACAAAGGGUGCAUGAACUGACGAGUGGAAAAUCACUGGACUCCAAUAUUGCUCUGGUUCAGAACAAUGCCAGAGUGGGCAGCCGUAUAGCUGUGGCCCUGGGGAAGCUCAAGAAAGCCCAAGGGAAGGGCAACCUGCCUCAGAGUGGGAGAGCAACUGCACCCCGGCCAGUGGUCAUCGGAGGCACCAAUGUCGACUUCAUAGCCAAGGCGAGGAAUGCCACCAUGCUGGUUGGCGGCCAGACAAACACUGGGAAAGUGAGCCGAACCUUUGGAGGUGUUGGGAGAAACCUGGCAGAUUGCUUAAGCCGCCUUGGGAGGACUCCCUUCUUUAUAUCAGCUAUGGGGAAGGAUGAACAUUCAGAGUCCAUCCUACGCUACUCCAGUCAUAUGGACAUGGGAGGUGUUCUUCAGCUGGAGGGGCACAACACAGCUACCUACUGUGCAGUGAUGACAGGGAGUGGGGAACUCAGCCUUGGCUUGGGAGACAUGGACAUCCACCAGCAGAUAACAGAACAUUAUGUAUCCAGGUUCAAGCAGCAUCUGUGCAUGGCCCCGGUAGUAUGUAUUGAUGGAAACGUGCCAAUUGCCACAAUCCAGUACGUCUGUCAGAUUGCCAGAGAGCACAAGGUACCAGUGUGCUAUGAGCCAACAGAUGAGAACAAGGCCUCUAAGCCGUUCCUUUCAGAGAGCUGGAGAGCACUGGCCUACAUCUCCCCCAACCUGCGAGAACUAAGAGCAAUAAACCGGACCCUUGGACACCCUGUGCCAGCAGACCUGCCAUCAAGGCUGGAAGACGUUGUCAGGACUGCGAUGACCUUGGCCUGCCCCUUGCUGACACAGCUGUGCUGCGUGGUGGUAACACUUGGGCCUCACGGAGUGUUACUGUGCGGCAGGAGCAUGGGAGGGAGUGUGUCUCUUCACCCUGGACCACACACGCAGAAUGCUGCAGGCCAGCUGUGUGCUGCACACUACCCAGCAGUCCCUGUCUCCGGGGAGGAGAUUGUGAAUGUCUCAGGAGCAGGUGACAGUUUAAUCGGAGGAAUAAUCUCUGGCCUGCUAGCUGGGUACGACACAGAUACCUGCAUCCGGAUGGGCCUCCUCUCUGCAAGCUUUUCCAUCUGCUCACGUGAGCCCAUCUCCCAGAAGAUCAAUACUUUCAGUGUGAGCUUGGAACAGGUCAAAGCUCGAAGCUGGCCAGAGGCAAAGACAUGUAGGAUGGACUAGAGCUUCUGUGCCAGGGUGCUUUCGACUGCCACCUCUCUCUUUCAGCCACACAUUAAAUUUGGUAUUUGUUCCUUUU